GUACGUCUUCCGCUGCUGUGUAGAGGUAAAUAACUUUCGAUUUUCGUGCUUCAAACAUUAAAGAUGCCCCGAGACGUGUCUUCAUCGAGCGGAGACGAAGCUGGCGGUGCUUCGACUGUGUCACUUCGACACGCCGGUGAGAAGACCAGCAGGUAUCAGUGUCCGGCUGACUUUGUGCCUUUCUGCCACGAGCCCUGCAGCAGCAUGCUGACACACAGCCUGAACAGCAGCAACCGUGAAAUAUGGCUCAUUCAAGCGCCCGCCGUCUUUAACCCUCAGAGUUUCACUGGUGUGAAGGUUCCACUCUCCGGUCUUGAGACUCUACAGGUUCCUGCUGCUGAGGAUGGGGCCAAAAAUGGGAAUGGCCAGCAGAUAUACAGGGUCUCGGCAUCUCCCUGUGGAGCUUCAGAGCUGCACUUGCUAACAAGAAGCCAGAAGUCUUCAGAUGCCCUGAUUGUGGGUCCUGCUUUCUCAGGCCUCAUCAAGGUGUGCGAGAGCUACGGAGACACUGAUGCUCAUCAGGUGCCACAGGUCAUACGUGCUGCGUCAGUGCCCGCCCUACCGCCAGGGCUCAAACAGCGCUUUCACCCGUUUGGCAUUAAGACCCCCACACUGAGCUGUGGGGCAACAUCCGGAACCUCAUCUGCAGCACUGCCCCCUGUGGCAGUCAAAGGAUCUGCCAUAGUACCAGGGCAGCAGGAGGAAAUGAGGAAGAAGAAAAAGAAAGAAAAGCAAAUAAAGGCUGAGGAAGAAGAGGGUGCAGUGAGAGUCAAAGAGGAACCUGGAGUGGAAGCUGAGAGUCAGGGUGGAGUGAUUGUGGAGAUCCAGGAGGGUGGAGCUUCAGAGGAGGGGAUGAAAAAGAAGAAGAAAAAGAAGAAGAGAAGGAAGGAGGAGGAGGCUGAACAGCUAGGUCUGCAAGUGAAGGAGGAAAUGGUACCAGUCAAAUGUGAACCAAUGGACACCUUGUAUGGUGAUGUAAUAAAAGGUUCAGGCAAGACGAAAAAGAAGAAAAGCAGAAGCUGUGAUGAUGAGUAACUUCUGGGUGUUUGACUCCAGAUCUGCAAGAACCACAUCCAGAUGAAGUCCAUCCCAACUGCUUGGUCACCACCAUCCCCAUCAUGAUGAGGUGAAUUGAGUGAGUUUUAUCACAGGUGUGAUAAGGAGCAUUCACAGUCAGUGUGCAGUCAGUUUAACCGGCUCGUUCACACCACUUGAAGCAGCUUCACGUGUGAAGAGAAAUGCUGUAGGCAGGAAAACUACGGUGGCUGAGAAGUGCAAAAACACUUUUACAAAUGGCGGAACACUUAUACAAGAACUCCUGAAAUAACUGUGCCAAGAAACACGAGUUUUCCUUUAUAAAGGUUAAUUCUGUAGUAGCAGAAUUAUAAAGAUGGCAAAAUCUGGCCGUAUUUGGUAAGUUUUGAUUGUAAUAACAUUACCACAGAGUUGCCCAAAUGCCCAGUCUGGGGGGUGUUAUCCGGUGUUACAUUAUACACUCUUGUUGGAGCCAUAACUUCACACGACUGGAAUGAAGUCGUCAUGCUGAGGUUUCACCUUGUGCAACCAGAAGAAAGUGCCUCAUUUACAGAUCAUCUGGGCUUCAUCAGGGAGUCAAAGGUUAAAGGUAAAACCCAAACACCACCAGCACCAACUGUGUUUUCAACAUGGUUUGUUCCUGCUUUUGUUAUUAAGACUAUGGAUAUCUGUACUGUAACUAGACAAGGCCAGUUUUGAAACUGUUUUGGAAAAAAAGACGUGAGUAUCUGCUAGUAAACUACAUUUCAUUUGGGGAGACUCCUGAGAUUUUUUUCCCUCAUUUGUUUUGAAUGUGACAACAAAAAUUCUGGACUGACUGCUGCUGUUCUGAUGCAAAUAUCCAGAAUUAAAACCACUCUGACAUUUUUGAAAAACUGGCACAAAAUGUUAUAAUGGAG